CUUCAGACUUUGCGGCCCACCUUGCUUUACCUUGCAUAGGUAACUCCAGCGGGGCCGCCGGACCCAAGGAUUGCCUUGGGAACGGGCCUGCUGCAUGCGAUGAAAGUCUCACCUCUCAGGGAAGGCACAGCCAUGGCUUCCCCACCGCCCCGGGAGUUGGAGGAGGAGCUGGUGCCCGCUGGCUCCGAGCCAGGUGACCCUCGGGCCAAACCACCUGUCAAGCCCAAACCCCGGGCCCUGCCCACUAAGCCGGCCCUGCCUGCCAAGCCCACCCUGCUGGUGCCUGUCGGGCCUCGGCCACCCCGGGGCCCCCUGGCUGAGCUGCCUUCUGCACGGAAGAUGAACAUGUUGGCGGGCCCCCAGCCCUAUGGUGGCAGCAAGCGGCCCCUCCCCUUUGCACCAAGGCCCGCUGCCGAGACCCCUGAUGGAGGAGAAGCUGCUCGAGACAACGGAAAGGACGAGGCUGGCAAGGAGGAGGUACCCCCGCUGACCCCUCCAGCCCGAUGUGCUCCCCUGGGUGGCGUGCGCAAGGCCCCUGCCCCCUUCCGCCCUGCAUCGGAGCGCUUUGCUGCCACCACGGUGGAAGAGAUCCUGGCCAAGAUGGAGCAGACCCGUAAGGAGGUUCCCGCCAGCCCAGACCGACUCUGGGGCUCCCGGCUCACCUUCAACCACGACGGCAGUUCUCGUUACGGCCCCAGGACCUACGGCAUGGCCCCCAACCCCCGGGAGGAAGAUGGCGUGACCCUAUCCAGGGCAUGGCCCCAGGACGGGCUGGAGAAGUCUCCAGCUGAGAGCCAGGAUAAGCACAGCAAGACUCCCAAGGAGAGGAGCCCAGUUUCUGACGUGGCUUUCAACGGGGACCUGCCUCAGCCGGCCAGCUCUGAACCACCUGCUAGCGUUUCCAAGCCUCAGGACCCCUCGGAGCUGGCCCUUGCCUCAGACAACGGAGUUUGUGCUGUCAGUCCUGGUGAUGUCGCCAGCUCCGUGCCUGGUCCUCCCUGUCCAGGCUCACCUGAAGACAGCCCUCCCCACCCUGCUCUGCUCCCAGGAGCCCAGAGCCCUGAGGCUCCCAGGGCUUCUCCCCUGCCCCCGGUGACUCCCGAAUCUCCGAGGCCAGCCCUGCUGGACGAAGGUUCCUGCCACCCCCCUGACCCAGGGCUCCCUGCUGAGGGCGCUCCUGAGGUCCCAAGGCCCUGCAGCCUUACCUUGGAGAGGGACUUGGGGUGCCAGAGCCCCGAGCAGCCCCCAGCCAGCUCGCCCCGACGUCUGAUCGAGGGUGACGAGUUCCCUAACCUCAAGCAGACAUUUUUGUCGGAGGAAGCUGUGGUGGCUGAAGGUCCCCUGGACUUCCGCCCGGCCAGCUUGGCUCAGCGCCGGUUCUCUGAAGGUGUGCUCCGGCCACCCAGCCCGGACCGGGAGCGGCUGGGGGGCUCACUGGCUGCCCUGCCUCCGGCCCAGGAAAACCAGGUGGCCCUGGGUCGGUCCUUUGGGAGCGACACCGAGUCCAACUGGAGCCUCUCUCAGUCAUUUGAGUGGACCUUCCCCACGAGGCCCUCCGGCUUGGGCACUUGUCGACUGGACUCGCCGCCCCCCUCUCCCAUCACAGAAGCUACCGAGGCUGCCGAGGCUGCCGCUGAGGCCGGAUACUCCUCUGUAUCCAUCUGCAAAGCAGCGGUGUCUGAGCAGGAACAAGGGGUGCGGGCUGUGCCCGAGGGGCUGGGACAGCCGAGUUCCCAGCUGCAGGAGGGUGAUCCUGGAAUCUCCCCUACCCAGAAGGGUGACCCUCAGCCCCUGCCUACAGCAGGGGGCCUGCCUGGCCCCCCUACCUUGCUGCAGGCCCAGGAGAGGUAUGAGGAGCGGGAGCCCCUGGCUGGGCAGGAGUCCCCCCUUCCUCUAGCCACUAGGGAGGUGGCCCUGCCCAUCCUGGAGCCCAUCCUGGGGCAGCAGCAGCCAGCACCCCCUGACCAGCCCUGCAUCCUCUUUGCCGAUGCCCCUAACGCAGCCGGGCGGGUAUCGCCUUCGGAGGAGGAGGCUGUGACCCUGGCCCAGGCUGAGACCACCCAGCCCAGGAUGGAGGCCCAAGCCCCCUGCAGGGCCUCCCCAGAACCUGUGGGUCCUGGAAAUAGCUCCCGAUGGCUGGAUGACCUCCUGGCAUCGCCACCGCCCAGCACUGGCAGUGCAAGGCGGGGAGCCGGAUCUGAGCCGAAGGACGCACAGACCCCUGGCAGCUGCUCUGAGGGACUCCUAGGCUGGGCCCAGAAAGAUCUGCAGAGUGAGUUUGGGAUUGCCGCGGACUCUCAACCUACCAGAUUCAGCUCUUCUAGCUGGUCCCAAGACGCCUCCCAGGACUACAGCCUUGGGGGUGUGAGCCGCAGAGGAGACCCCGGCCUCGGGGAGAGUGACUGGGCCAGCAAGUAUGGGCAAGGAGUUGGGGAAGGGAGCUCCAGCAAGUGGGCCAGCCGGUGUGGCAUUGGCCCGGAGCCGGAGGCUGGCAGUGGCACGGGGAGGGAGGAUGCUGCCGGGGGUAGGCUCGUCGCCCAUGACCCGGUGAUUGGAAAGCCAAACCUGCUGGGCGCAGCACAGAGCCCCGAGGCCAUACCACAGGACUGGGAGUUCCAAAAACGAGACUCCCGAGGUACUUACUCUAGCCGGGAUGCAGAACUCCAGGACCAGGAAUUCGGGAAGAGAGAUUCUCUGGGAGCGUACACUGGACGGGAUGCAGGUCUGGGGGACUGGGACUUUGGGAAGAGAGAUUCUCUGGGUGCUUACACCAGCCGGGAUGCCCAUGACAAGCAGGACCCUGAGCUUGGGACGAAGGACCCACUUGGUCCCUACAGCAACCCGGAUGUGGACCAGCAUGGCCCAGGGUUUGAGGAGAGAGAGGCUGCGCUGGGCGCCUUGGGCGGGGUGCGUGAUGUGGAGGCUCAGGGCCUGGCGUUGGAGCCGGGUGCCUGGAUGAGCGGCUACAGCAGCGGAGGCAGUGCCGCCCUCCUCGCCUCCCAGGACCGUGGCUUCAGCGCUGGCUUCAGCCUGCAGGACGCCCAACAGCAGGACGAGGAGUUUGAGAAGAAGGUCCUGAGUGGUGGAGACAGCCGGAGCCGAACGAGUUCCGAUGCAGGCCACCUGGAAGCUGGGGAGCCCGAGGUCCUGUUCAGUGCCAGCAGCCCCCAGCCACAGGACAGGGUGCUCGGGCCGAGGGAGCCAGAUGGCAACACUGCCACCCCAGAGGUCAGCGGGCUGCAGGGCAGGCAGCAGGUGGGUGCCCAGAGCCCUGGCGACCCCGACCUGGAGGAGCGGGAGCAGGGGACGCGGGGCUGGGCUACUGAGUUCAGCCUCGGUGUUGUCCCAGCUCAGCCGACGGCAGUGGCAUUCAGUGCCGGGAGUCCAGACUGGAGUGACAGCUACUGCUCCGAGAGGAGCCCCCAGUUUGGCAUCAUUGGCAACGACAGAGCUGGCAGUGCUGGCCUGAGCCCUUCUGAUCAGGUGGGAGGGGGCCCCUUUGUGCCUCCAGGGAAGACCACAGCCAUGGACUGGACUGACCAGCUGGGCCUCAGGAACCUGGACGUGUCCAGCUGUUUGGGUGCUGAUGGCCCGAGUGAAACCAGAGAGGCUGCUGCGGGACAGAUGGGCUGGUCAGACAACCUGGGUCUGAGGGACGUGGAUCUCAGCUCUUUGGAGACGAGGGGCUCGGAGGAUCUCAGAGCGAUCAGAGUCAGGGAGGAGAACUGGACUUCUGAUGUCAGGGUGGAGGAGGCAGGAGGCCACUGUCAGGCCAGGGAGAGUGGCGUGGGGCAGACCGACUGGUCUGGCAUGGAGGCCGGUGAGUUCCUCAAGUCCAGGGAGCAUGGAGUGGGGCAGGCCGACUGGACGCCUGACCUUGGCCUGAGAAAUAUGGCCUCAGGCGCAGGCUGUAGCCCCGGGGAGCCCAGAGAGCUUGGGGUGGGCCAGAUGGACUGGGCCAACAACCUGGGCCUGAGGAAUUUGGAGGUACCCUGUGAUGAGGCAGGGGAGUCCCCUGAGCCACGAGGAUGUGGUGUGGGGCAGAUGGACUGGGCCCAGGACCUUGGGCUGCGGGACACGGAGUUUUCUGGGGGCCUGCCUCUAGCCCGUGAGCAUGGGGUGGGCGAGGUCAACCAGUGCCCAGAGCUGGACCACAGGAGCAACAGGGGCCUGUCACCAGACCUGGAGGCCAGGGACCUCUCAGAGGCCAGGGAGCUGGGAGUUGGCGAGACGAGUGUACCAGACACCCUGGCCGAAGAUGAGUCCUGGCCUUCCUCAGAGACCCAUCCCGCAGACCCCAGGAUGGAGACAGCAGACGACGACGUUGCUGGCUGUGGAGCCAGGUGCAGCCCACACAGCUUCCCUGCUCGCUCACCGCCCUCAGGCUCCCAGGACCUGCUGGAAGAGAUGCUGGCUGCCCACAGUGCCAAGAUUGUAGCCCACAGGGACUCGGGGACCUCAGGCCCCGGGUACCUGUCACAGGAGGGAGCAACCCUAGCUGCCGCCGACCAAGGGGAGCCCCUGGAACCUGGCAUGGACCCUCUGCCUUCCUGGAGACCCCAGCCUGAUGGUGAAGCCAGCCGGACAGAAGAAGUGGAUGGUGGCUGGAACCCCCCAGGGGCUGGCCGGGGUGAGCAGGGACCCGCCCGGACUCCUCGGCGGCCCCCUCCGUGCCCGACCCCCAGCUCCCCGAGUCAGGACUUCUCCUUCAUUGAGGACACAGAGGUCCUUGACAGUGCCAUGUAUCGGAGCCGUGCCAACUUGGGGCGCAAGCGUGGCCACCGUGCCCCUGCCAUCCGGCCCGGUGGCACCCUGGGACUCUCGGAUGCAGCGGACUCGGACACCCGCCUGUUCCAGGACUCCACAGAGCCACGUGCUUCCCGAUUGCCAUCAUCUGACGAGGAGGUGGUAGAGGAGCCUCAGAGCCGCCGGACCAAGAUGUCCUUGGGCAGCAAGGGGUUGAAAGUCAACCUUUUUCCUGCCCUGAGCCCAUCUGCCCUGAAGGCUAAGCUGCGCCCCCGGAAUCGCUCAGCUGAGGAAGGGGAGCCGGUGGAGAGCAAGUCAACCCAGAAAGAGUCUGCGGUUCAGCGCUCCAAGUCCUGCAAGGUUCCCGGGCUCGGGAAGCCCCUCUCGUUACCUCCCAAGCCAGAGAAGUCCUCAGGGUCAGAAGGGUCAUCCCCCAGCUGGCUGCAAGCCCUGAAGCUGAAGAAGAAGAAGGUCUGAGAAGGCCUGGAGGCCCCUCCCAUCUGGCAGUCUCAGGCAGUGCUGUUCCUGUGGGGUCCCCCAGCGAGGAGACAGCUGGACCCACCGUGACCAGGCUGCAGCCUCUGCCCCUCCCACCUCUGAGGAGCGUCUGAGGAGGCACAUUUAUGCACUUUGUACCCCCCCCAUCCCCCUGCCCAAGCCACCCUGGCUCAGUCAUCAGUGGUUGAAGGUUCCGUCCCUCUCUCCGCUCCUGCUCUGCUUCCUCCUCCAGCCUCAUGUGGGUUUUCUUUUGAUACCAAUUUAUAGCAUUUUUUAUAAAAGCCUUUGAUUUUUGUAAUGGGUGGAGCUUGCCCCAGCCCCACCCCUCUUCCUCCACGCCCUGUCAGGUGCCCCACAGAGACCAAUGACGUUUUGCCACUUGAAACAAUAAAGAUUUUUCGGAA